AUGGAGCAGAAUGCCACACUGAUGCAGCAGAAUCAGAAUGCCAUGCAAAGUUUGGAGGCUUCGCGUGUCAAUUCUGAAACAACCCAAAGGCAGUUAAUGGAAAUCCUGGCGGCAACCAGAGGAACAUCGGGAGCGUCCUCUUCCAACGCUGCCCAGCCUGCUGCUGAGUGGAGUUUGGAGAGUUUUCUCCAGCAUCAUCCGGCAAAGUUUAAUGGUAAGGGCCUCCCUGACGAGGCAGACCAGUGGCUCAGGGACAUGGAAAAGAUUUUCAACGCCAAGAGGUGUCCGGAUGAAAACAGGUUGGCGUACACAGAGUAUUUAUUGACUGGAGAAGCGAGCCACUGGUGGGCGAGUGCGAGAGCUAUCCUGGCGGAUGCGCAUCAACCGAUCACUUGGGAAGUAUUCAGAAGCAAGUUUUAUAAAGAAUAUUUCCCUGACAGCGUCCGCUUUGCCAAGGAGGUUGAAUUUCUGCAACUCGUCCAAGGUGGGAUGUCCGUUUCUGAGUACACGAACAAGUUCAAACACUUGGUUCGUUUCAAUACGAUGGCCACAAGUGGAGAGUGGCAGUGUCGCAAAUUUGAGAACGGUUUGCGGAGUGACCUGAAGGUAUUGAUUUCCAGCCUGUGUAUCCGAACGUUUCCUGCCAUGGUUGAGAGGGCCAAAGUUUUGGAGAAGAAUAUGGCAGAAGCUGAACGACAGAAGAAACAACAACAAGUGAGUAGGGGGCCUAUUUUGUCCAGGGGAGGUACUGUUCAGAGAAGGACUCCUUACGGUCGUCCUGGUCAGUCGUCCAACACGAACAGUUCUCAAGCUUUGGUUCCUGCUGGACAAGCUGGACAGUACGGAAACAUUACUUGUUUCCAAUGUGGUGGACCACAUUACCGUUCGUCAUGUCCUCAGUUGGCGGGAGGAAAGCACUGUAAUCGGUGUGGACGAAAUGGGCACUUGGGGAACGAGUGCAACAUGGGUGGUCGAGCGGGGAUGAGACCACCAAACGCGGGAAGGAAUCAGCAAGGGAGAGGUGGACGAGCCCAAGCUGUUGGGCGUGUGUAUGCGAUAACUGGAGCGGAGGCAGCCAGCUCAGGUACAGUCAUCAUCAGUACAUGCUUAGUAUAUGGUAAAUCUUGUUGCGUGCUGUUUGAUUCGGGAGCAACACAUUCCUUCAUCUCGAAGGCGUACGUUGGCAAACUGGGAUUAGAAGUGAGUGAGAUGCAGUUUGAUCUGGUGGUGUCAACCCCAGCGGCUGGAGAGGUGAGGACGUCCACUAUGUGCGUCCAUUGUCCUAUAGAAGUACAAGAGCAUUGUGGGAAGAAGGAGUUGAUAUUUCCGAGUGAAGAGGAUGAAGAAUUAGCGGUAACGCUCGGUCAGUUAAAGGAGGAUAUAAUGGAAGGUGCGAGUUGCUUCCUAAUCAUGACGCAUGAAGACCAAGAACUUGGAGAAUUGAGGCAAGAACGAACGUCCGUUGUUGGCAGUGAGGAGCGGAUGGUUUUGGAUGAGUUUCCUGACGUCUUUCCUGAAGAAAUACCGGGUCUACCCCCGACUCGUGAAGUUGAAUUCACCAUUGAUUUGGUGACAACAGCCGCACCCAUCUCUGUUCAACCAUACCGUAUGGCGCCUGCAGAGUUGGUUGAACUUAAGAAGCAAAUAGAGGAACUGAUGGAGAAACAAUUUAUCAGGCCGAGCGUAUCACCAUGGGGAGCGCUUGUGCUCUUGGUGAAGAAGAAGGAUGGCAGCUCUCGGUUAUGCAUAGACUACAGGCAAUUGAACAAGCUGACCAUCAAGAACAAGUACCCAUUGCCAAGGAUAGAUGACUUGUUGGAUCAGCUGCAUGGGGCAACGGUGUUUUCUAAGAUUGAUUUACGUUCGGGAUAUCACCAGAUCAGGGUGAAGGAGGACGACAUCCAGAAGACAGCAUUCAGGUCUCGUUAUGGACACUACGAGUAUGUAGUGAUGCCAUUUGGAGUGACGAACGCUCCCGCAGUGUUCAUGGAUUAUAUGAAUCGUAUCUUCAGGCCGUACCUGGACAAGUUCAUGGUCGUUUUCAUAGAUGAUAUUCUCAUCUACUCCAAGACCAAGGAUGAACAUGAAGAACACUUGAGGGCAGUGCUAACCGUGUUGAGGGAGAAGGAGUUAUAUGCCAAACUAUCCAAGUGUGAAUUCGGGAUGAAGGAGGUGCAAUUUUUGGGACACAUUGUAUCAGCUGAAGGGAUCUCGGUAGAUCCAGCAAAGGUACGAGCGGUUAUAGAUUGGGCGAGUCCGCGUUCGGUCACGGAGGUAAGGAGUUUCGUUGGUCUUGCGGGCUACUAUAGGCGCUUUAUUGAAGGAUUUUCCAAGAUAGUAGCCCCACUGACGCAGCUUACCAGGAAAGACCAACCGUUCGCGUGGACUGAUCUGUGCGAGGAGCGGUUCCAGGAGCUAAAAGUAAAGUUGACGAGCGCUCCAGUGUUGAUCAUUCCGGACACGUCCAAACCCUUUGAGGUAUACUGCGACGCGUCUCAUCAAGGGUUGGGCUGUGUGCUUAUGCAAGAGAAGCGGGCAGUAGCAUACGCAUCUCGUCAAUUGAAGAUCUAUGAGAAGAAUUACCCAACGCACGACCUGGAGCUAGCAGCGGUCGUCUUUGCACUGAAGACUUGGAGACAUUACUUGUACGGAUCUACUUUCCAAAGGCGUUGGUUAGAAUUCCUAAAAGACUAUGAGUUUGAGCUGCUCUAUCAUCCUGGAAAAGCUAACGUAGUGGCGGACGCCCUAAGCAGAAAGGCAGUUCAUGUCUCGGUAAUGAUGGUUAAAGAGCUGGAAUUGGUUGAGAGUUUCCGAGAUCUAAGGUUGCAUUUUAAGUUGGAGCCAAGUAGCAUCAAGUGCUGUAACCUUAGAAUAUCUAGCAAUGUGUUUGAUCGGAUCAGAAUGAAGCAACGUGAGGAUGAAGAGCUGGUGAAGAUAUUAAGCGCGCUCGGUUUUAAUAAAGAUAAGGAUUUCAAUACGGGAACGGACGGCCGAGCCAUUCGUCCAAAGAAGCUAUCUCCCAAGUUCAUAGGACUAUACCAGAUUUUGAAGAAGAUUGGACCAGUAGCUUAUGAACUUGCCUUGCCACCUCAAUUAUCAAAUCUUCAUCCAGUAUUCCACGUUUCCCAACUUCGGAAGUACAUAGCGAAUCCAUCUCACGUACUGGAGUUGGAAGAUGUUCAGCUUUGUCAUGACCGAACGUUGGAAUUACAACCCGUCCGCGUGGAAGACAGCCGCACCAAGCUAUAUAAGGGCAAGGACGUUCGUCUAGUUAAAAUGGUGUGGGACGCGAAGACUGGCGAUUCAACGUGGGAAGUAGAGGACGCUAUGAGGGACUUGUAUCCGCACUUGUUUACGGGUGAGUUUUAA